UUUUACAAACAAAUUUGUAGAUAAGUGGGACCGUCACAAAAAUAUUUUCUUCAAUUCCACCACUAGCACAGUCCCCAACACAGAUCAAAUAAGAUUUUCAUCUAGACAUACGUCAAGAUAGAUCUAUACUUACACCACCUGUGGCUUUCUUCAUUGACAAUGCCAUAGCUGUAAUGACAAAAUUAGAACUUUUAAAAGAAAAGUUUCUGGACGUGGGCCUGUCUUUCCAGCUUUCAAACUCUAACCAAGAGAUGGCUCACUUCCAAAUAAAUAUUGGGCGUGCGUCAUCGCAUCAUGCAUAGUCAUUUUCUGAGACAUAUUUUGACCCGGGAGUUUCGGCGAAGCUCAAUAAUGAUUUCCGCCAGCGGAAUCUCGCGCUCGCAGCGUACAUGUAGCAUCGACCAAGAAAACUCAACGACGCCACCGCCUUACAAAAUAGAUAGAAAUUGAAGUCAGGAUUCUACACAGAAUCAGAGAGAGGAAUAUAGUUUAAUCACAGAGGGAAGUAUUUUAAUCUCGGGCGGCAUUUAUAAAGUACACUGAACAGAAUGGAACUCCAGGUCCAGAAUGAAAGUGAGCGAGACAAGAUGUCGUACAGCAAGCUAGAUGCCGAUGACGUGGAGAUGGAUACGGUGAACGAAUCAGAGAAGAUGGCAUACUCCAAGCUGAAGGAUGGGGUAGAUGGCGGAAAGGGUGAUGCAACAGAUGGCCACCCCAUGAGGGCCAAAAGUUUUGAUGGCUUUGAGGAUCCCAGUCAACCUCUGCUGCUCUCGGGCAACAAUACAACAGUAAAUUAUGAGCUUGACUUUGUAGAGACUGAAUGGGGGAAUAUCUUAGUUGCCAUCCAAGGAGAUCGUAACAAGCCUGCUAUUCUCACCUACCACGAUCUUGGAUUAAAUCAUGUGUCAUGUUUCCAGGGUUUCUUCAACUUUCCCGACAUGCAGCCAAUCCUAAAACACUUCUGUGUCUAUCACAUCAAUGCACCAGGCCAAGAACAAGGGGCAGCACAGCUACCAGAGAACUUUGAGUAUCCAGACAUGGACCACUUAUCAGAGACUCUUAUCAGUGUACUCAAUCACUUCAGACUUAAGAAAUUCAUUGGUUUUGGGGUUGGUGCCGGUGCAAAUAUUUUGACAAGGUUUGAGCUUGCUCACCCCGAUUAUGUAGAGGCACUCAUGUUAGUGAACUGCGUAUCAACACAGUCAACAUGGACGGAAUGGAUGCAACAAAAACUGUCAGCAUACUACCUAAGAAAGAAUGGCAUGACAAACUACACACAAGAAUACCUCCUGUGGCAUUACUUUGGCAAGAGAACAAUGGAAACACAUCACGAGCUGGUAGCUCUCUUCAGAGAAAAUCUUGCCAAGAAUGUUAACCCUUUCAAUCUCUCAUUAUUUGUCAACUCAUACAUUAGACGAACUGAUCUGAAAAUUCUGCGUGAGCUCGGUCCUACCAAGUCAAAGAAUAUUCGGAGUGUGAAAGCCCAGAGCAUGCUCAUUGUUGGAGCAAAUUCACCGCAUGUCAACGAUUCGGUUGAAAUGAAUGGUCGUAUGGAUCCUGCACGCAGCCAAUGGUUCAAGAUGUCAGACUGUGGUGGUAUGAUCUUAGAGGAACAGCCUGCCAAGCUCGCGGAAUCCAUCAGACUCUUCUUACAGGGACUGGGAUACGUGUUAAAGGUGCGAAUCAACCGGCCAGCUCGGAGUAUGGAACCCCCAGCCCCCACAAGCAAGACCGGCGCCCCAGAACCAGUGAUGGUGUAACAGUGGUCGUCUGAGAGAGCAGAUUCAUCGGGUCAAGAAAGUCUGUCCAGCUCCGCUGAAUGGGCUGCGGACAGAUCCAUUCAAGUUCAUCUGGUUUUUUAUUUUUUCUUCCAACAUUACUGAUUAAACCUGAAUAUCAUGAGAUUUUUAUAAACCUGAAUAUCAUGGGAUAAAACCUUAUAAACCUGAAUAUCAUGGGAUAAAAUCUUUAUUAACCUGAAUAUCAUGGGAUAAGAGUUUUGUAAACCUGAAUAUCAUGGGAUAAAAUCUUUAUAAACAUGAAUAUCAUGGGAUAAAAUCUUCAUAAACAUGAAUAUCAUGGGAUGAAAAAAAAAUUACAAAUCUGAAACAUAAUGUUGAUUCGUAUUUAAAACUGUUACUAAAAUAAACAUCUACUGUUUAUUUUUAUCAGAUUUUUCCACCCAAAGUUAGCCCAAAGAUGUAAACUAAGGUGUAACUUUGUACAUCUUUGUGAGUAAAAUCUUUCCUUUAAAAAUAUGACAUUUGUAUGAUGAUUGAAUUGAAGUAUUAAUUUUCCCCAACUUUUUUUCAGCAUGAAACAAAGUGUUUAAAAACUCAAAUAUGACCCUGUCAAAUUUAAUUGUCUCCAUUUUGUUAAUUUCUUUUUUUUUCAUCUUUCCAAAUAUGCCUGUAAUAUCUAGUCAUAAAAUGAAUUUUAUAAUUUGAUCAUGAAUUUAUUUUUGUAGUAGUGGCCACUGGCCAGGCCAAAUAAGAAAUUGUUGCAGCUCCCAUUUCAUUACUAUCUGAAUUUGGAAUUUAUUCUUGUUAUUUUAGAUGUAUAGCAUGUUUCAGAAGUGGAAUGCGUUUCUGUAGAUGCAAAUAAAUCUGUUUCUACCUGUUUUAUGUACCAAAUAUACAUAUAUGUUGUUUUGUAAUGUUUGUACGAAAUUACUGUUCGUAAGAAGUAAAUGUUUUGUAAGAUUUAUGGAAAGAUACUUUUUGGAUAGGAUGUUGUUUAUUUUUCAAAAAAAGGGGAAAACAAACAUCCAACUUUGUAUUGUGCUGUUCAAGGUUUGCUUUCGUGUUUUUGUUGUGAUUUUGUGUAUAGGAAAGUUUGAAACAAAUAUAUAUCCUAGCCAUAGGGGAGUGCAACAUAAUAAAGGAAAUCGUUAUGCAAAAUAAAAGAUGGGCAAACUCCACAUAAAGAAAAAAUAUUGUCACCUCACUUCAUUUUCAAUAUAGUGAUGAUCAAAGUGAGAAUAAUACCUUAAUCCUUUUAAUAAACAAUUUUUUUUAAACCCAAAUUCAUGCCAUAAAAAUCAUUAUUGGUAUACAAAUUCAUGUUUAAUUGUAUUACAUCUUUAAAAUGAGCUUUGUUCCUAUUUAGAAAAGAUGGUAUUAAAUUGUUGUUAUUGUUAUUAUCAUGAUUUAGAUGGCUCAAUUUUCUGGUAAUUCCAUUACAAAGGUUGAAUACCACAAUAUCAUGAAUGUAAGAAGAAAAUUGUUGGAAUGAAAAAGUUGUAAUAGAAAAUACUUAUUUUCUUUACAUAAAAGGGAUGAAAAGAUACAAAACAGAGACAUGGUGACAUGGUCUAAGAUCGUGGUCAUUGAAUUAUAUUGUCCUGGUGGAAUUGCCCAGAAGUGGAAUUUGAAACCAAAGCUAUCUUGAUUUGUGAAAAUCGUGUGAGUUUUUGUUCGGAAUGUGACACAUUAUUUUGUGAAAUUGCCAGUGGUUAGAAAAAAAUAAAAGUGUGAAAAUGAGCUUCCCCGUGUGUGCUUGAUCAAUUCAUCCAUGUUUUUUUUGGAUCCAUUAUGAAAUCUGUAAAUAACCAAAUUCUCAUUCUGAAUUUCCAUGAUUAUUUGUAUAUAUUGAUUAUGGUAUGGUUUGUAUACAGAUUUGUAUACAAAAUUAUUGGUAUGGGUUACAGGCAGUUUUCUUAACUUGAUAAUACAGAUGUUCUGAUUGCUUUUUUUUUUCAUGCUGAAUUGAAAUUGAAUUGAAUUUUUUUUUCUUCAUGUUUUUAUGUCAUUGUUUUUCAUAUGAAUUCUUUCUUCAUUUUUGCAUUUAUCUAAAAAAAAAAUUGGCAAACAUUGUAUUCAUAUACUGCUUUGUGACCUCACAGUGUACAGUAUACCAUGUUGUAUCCAUAUAGAUCUAUUUAUCAUUCUCACAUAAACUUUGUAUUCUACCUAUUUUCAACUUACUAUAGCGUAUACGAGUGCAUUCCUGUAGAUAUACCAUAUGAGUUGAACUACACGUAGUAAAUAAAUCUGUGUAUUUAUAUAUUCACAGAAUGCCACAUAGAAUGUUACUAUACAUUAUGAAACAAAUAUAUCACAUCUGGUGCAUGUUCGUAUCAGAGAGUAAUUUACUAUGGAUUAGCCAUUCACUCCUUACUAUUUAUCUUUGCCGGCCGCACAGAAACGUUGUUAGCCUAACAGAGUUGCUUACAGUAAGCCCAGUCACAUAUUUCGGAUUGUGAGGUCAAAACAUUUAUUAUUUCAAUGUGUAAGUAAUGCAUUGUUGUAACAUUAGGCAUCGCUGCCACAUUGCCUAUUUUAACAGGGCCUCUAUUCGCGCAUUGUUAGAGGUAACAACGUGUCUGUGCGGUCAGUACAGUUAUAAUACAAGAUGAAAAGAGCAACCUUUUUUUAAAAUAAAAAAUCAUUUCCCUUUGAAAACAUUAACAAGUAUCAGUACCAAAUGCAUGAAUAUCAGCUUGAAAUGUCGAUGUGGAUAUGCAUGCAUAUACAUAUUUGAAGAGAGAAAAAAAAUCUAUGUCAAAUCGUUAUUUGUACUCCACUUUUUUAAAUGUUUGUACAGAGGCAGAUAAUGCAACAUGUACAGAAGGGAUAUAUUUGCUAUGUACCCAAAUAUGAACUUUGAACUGUGUCUAUUUUACAACAUCAUGAUGUAUAUUGAAUGAGUAUGACCCAUUGUAUAGGGAAGCAUGCAUAUAUUUGAUAGAAAACUGGAUUGUAUUGUUCGCACAAUGAUAAUAUUCCAUUCAACCACGAUAUAUGACAAUUUUUGUGUGGACAUAUAUGUUUUGAAGAAGAAUGCUUUACCCAGGCUACAAACUCAUUGAGACUUUCACAAUUCUACAAUUCUAUGGUUUCCUUCUUAUAUUAUCAAUGACCCUAAAUACACGUGUGAAAACUUGUGAUAAUUGUUCCACAUCAAGUAUCUCCGCUUCUAAAUUAAACACCUGAUUACCAUGAAAUGUGGGCAACCUAAGCAUAAAUGUUUAUUGUAAUUCAACUAGUCAAUCACGUAGAUUUUUGACAAAAUUUGUGAAUAUCAGUGACAGAUAUAUUCUGCUAUCCUGCUGUUCAGGUAUAAAGGCGGAAGUACUCUUUUAUAUCGUAAAUUCAUCUUUUGCUUGUGACAUAGUGCUCUGUGAAUGCAGCAGUGCGUCAUUUGUGUUAAUGGUUCAAGAUAACCUUUGUACGACAGUUUGAUUUUAUCAUCUGUUGGGUUUACUACCAUGUUUUCUUCUGAGAAAAAAAAAAUGUGUUCCAACCAAAAUAUCCUUGAAGUUUAAUAAUAAAGUUAUACAAUUUGUAUUUCUGCAAUACUUGCUCCGAAAGUAUUUCCUCAUAUACAAGGAAUUGGGGUAUUUUGAUGGAGUAUUAGUCAGAACAAUUCAGACUUGAGAAUUAGGGUGUUUUUGGUUUGGGUUUGUAUUCCAUAUGGCUUAUCAAGUAGAUUUUGUCAUCUAGAGACUUCUUGUGUUUGCAGGAGAAAAGGCAUGGGGCUGAUUUCAUAAAAGUAAAAAUUGAUUUUCUUUUCCUACUUUCAGCAAUAUUUUACCCCAUUUAGGUGGCAUUUGAUUGCCCCUUCCGUCCAGAUCCCUCAAAUUUGGUCUUGUAUUAAAAUAACCUUCUGGGUUUACAAAGACGGUAUACACAUAAUGCAAACACUCAUAUCUAUCUUGAUAUUUGCCAUGUCAAUGUCAUUGAUGAAAAAUUGAAAGUAAUCUAUUCCUAUCCACCCAUACACACUUCAGUGGUCAUUUGUAUAGACAUUGUGCCAAUUGUCAGUUUUAGCCAUUUGUCAAAACGUUUGAGCAAGAUGUAACCUGAUAACAUGUAUGAACUGUCACAUCCCUGCAAGACAUGUGUAGUUGAAAUUAUAUCACCAUCUUACAGUAUAUUUAUAUUGUAUUAUCAUGGGAUAAAAAAAUGUCUCUCAUGUGAGACUGAGAGUGAAGUUGACUUGAGAUGAAUUAGUUUACCAUAAAGAUGCAGAAACAAUUGUUUGUUUGCACCUAGAAAAGAAAAAAAGAUUAUAGAAAACAAGCAAUAUGUGAUAUUGAAAUAGAGUAUAUAUAUAUGUAUAUGAUUAAAUGUUCAAUAUUUCAUUCAA